GCUCCCGCCGCACCACUUCCGGCAGGCGCUGCGUUGCUGGGGGGCGCGGGCGAGGAUGGCGGCGGAGAACGAGGCCAGUCAGGAGAGCGCCCUGGGCGCCUACUCGCCCGUGGACUAUAUGAGCAUCACCAGCUUCCCGAGGCUGCCGGAGGACGAGCCGGCGCCCGCGGCCCCUCUGAGGGGCCGCAAGGACGAGGACGCCUUCCUAGGAGACCCCGAUACCGACCCGGACUCGUUCCUGAAGUCCGCGAGGCUGCAGCGGCUGCCAUCCACAUCGUCCGAGAUGGGCAGCCAGGACGGGUCACCGCUGCGGGAGACGCGCAAGGAUCCGUUCUCUGCGGCAGCUGCCGAGUGUUCCUGCCGCCAGGAUGGACUCACAGUCAUUGUCACGGCCUGCCUCACUUUUGCCACGGGUGUCACUGUGGCACUCGUCAUGCAGAUUUACUUCGGGGACCCUCAGAUCUUUCACCAGGGUGCCGUGGUGACUGAUGCUGCCCAUUGCACAUCACUGGGCAUCGAGGUGCUCAGUAAACAGGGAUCUUCUGUGGAUGCCGCUGUGGCAGCAGCCCUGUGUUUGGGAAUCGUGGCUCCACACAGUUCUGGCUUGGGCGGUGGGGGCGUGAUGCUGGUACAUGACAUCCGAAGAAAUGAGAGCCACCUAAUUGAUUUUCGGGAGUCUGCACCAGGGGCCCUCAGGGAAGAGGCCCUGCAGAGAUCUUGGGAAACCAAGGUGGGGACCCUGCCUGGGCUCUUGGUGGGGGUCCCCGGAAUGGUGAAGGGGCUACAUGAAGCUCACCAGCUCUAUGGCAGGCUGCCAUGGUCCCAAGUCCUGGCCUUCGCAGCAGCUGUGGCCCAAGAUGGCUUCAACGUGACCCAUGAUCUAGCCCGUGCCCUGGCCGAACAGCCUCCGCCCAAUGCAUCUGAGCGUUUCCGUGAGACAUUCCUGCCGUUGGGCCACCCGCCACUACCUGGCUCACUGCUGCGUCGGCCUGACCUGGCUGCAGUGCUGGAUGUGCUGGGCACCUCCGGCCCUGCCGCCUUCUACGCAGGAGGUAAUCUCACACUGGAGAUGGUGGCCGAGGCCCAGCAUGCAGGGGGUGUCAUAACUGAGGAGGACUUCAGCAACUACAGUGCCCUCGUGGAGAAUCCUGUGUGUGGCGUGUACAGAGGCCACCUGGUUCUCAGUCCCCCACCCCCACAUACAGGUCCUGCCCUCAUCAGUGCUCUCAACAUCCUUGAAGGCUUCAAUCUCACCACACUGGUGUCCCGGGAACAGGCUCUUCACUGGGUGGCAGAGACCCUGAAGAUCGCAUUAGCCCUGGCCAGCAGACUGGGAGAUCCUGUCUACGAUUCUACCAUCACUGAGAGCAUGGAUGACAUGCUUAGCAAGGUAGAAGCCGCUUACCUCCGGGGCCACAUCAAUGACUCCCAGGCGGCCCCUGCCCCACUUCUGCCUGUCUAUGAGCUGGAUGGGGCCCCCACAGCUGCUCAGGUGCUGAUCAUGGGCCCUGAUGACUUCAUUGUGGCCAUGGUCAGCUCCCUGAAUCGGCCUUUUGGAAGUGGCCUCAUCACUCCAUCGGGGAUUCUGCUCAACAGCCAGAUGCUAGACUUCUCCUGGCCCAACAGGACUGCUAAUCACUCUGCACCCAGCCUGGAGAAUUCGGUGCAGCCAGGGAAGCGACCACUGUCUUUCUUGCUGCCCACUGUGGUCCGGCCAGCGGAGGGACUGUGUGGGACCUACCUCGCCCUAGGGGCCAAUGGAGCUGCCCGGGGCCUCAGCGGCCUGACCCAGGUUUUACUGAAUGUCCUGACCUUGAACCGAAACCUGAGUGACAGCCUGGCCCAUGGCCGUCUGCAUCCAGACCUGCAGUCCAACCUUCUGCAGGUGGACAGUGAGUUCACAGAGGAAGAGAUUGAGUUCCUGGAAGCCAGGGGUCACCAUGUGGAGAAGGUAGAUGUCUUAUCCUGGGUCCAUGGCAGCCGAAGAACCAACAACUUCAUCAUUGGUGUGAAGGACCCUCGGAGCCCAGAUGCAGCUGGAGCCACCAUCCUGUAGAACAGCGGGGUGGGGCAGGGGUCUCUGCUCCCCCCCUUUGCAUGUUCCUAGAGUCCCUCCUCCUCCCAGGUUUGGUCUCAGGGGGACCCCAGGGAUGCCCCAGAUCAUGGGCCAGAGAGGGGAUGCUUAACAAACCCUAUCCCAGAGUAACUGGAAAAUUCUCUAUCCAGAGGCCUGUGGUGGUGGUAAUGAUAGUGGUGAUGGUGGUGGUGGUGGUAAGUGUCCGUGUUCACAACCAGGCAGGCAGGACCUUGUCAGGCUGUCUGUCUCUUUCCCUCAGCCAUGCUGGCCCUGAGCUUCAGGAUGUGCUUGCAAACCCUUCUCAAGGGUCCUCACAAACCCAACAUCUCCAGUCUGGCCUGACCUGGAACUUGUCUUCUAGCUCCCUUCUCCUGUCCCCAGCCUCAUUUCUUAAAUGACUAGGAUUUUUUUAAUGGACCAUCCUGCGGAGAGGGUGCUCCUCUCUUCCUCCCACCAAGUUGAGGUGGGGUCUUGCAUCUGGGGGACCCCACGUUGUGGGUAGGGGUGGGGGUGGGGACCAGCUCAGGGGCUUCCAUUUGCAAAGGGGAAUUAAAGAAAGACUAUUGCUUAA